GUAUUGUUGACCCCUGGGGUACGGUUCGCCCCCAGUAACGCCAAACUCCACCAAUCAAUCAAACUUAAGUAACGCAACUUAAGUCAGACCCACGUGCCAGUCUUAAGUGUUUUAGGUGGGGGAGUAUCUAUAAAACACCUACCCUAAAGUGAACCGCUCAUUCUGAGAACGCGCACCGAGUGCAAGCCAAAGAAACGAAAAUGUGUGUUGGAAAAGUAACAAGUGGCAAGUUGCAGGGGCCCUUCGGGCCCCCCAAAACCGUGAAACUAGUCAACGAGAGUGGAAAAGUGCCCUAUCAAGAGGAUAUCCUCGCCCUUUCGACGUACUACACCAAAGUGGUGCUCUUCACCCUGGAUAAGUGGCACAAGUCCUUCCAGGACUCGAUUUGCUACAAAAUUCUGUUCCACACCACUCAACCAGCUCAUGUGAUAACAGCACUGGCUGUGAUAAUGGUCUCGCUCAUGCUCAUCCCUUCGGAACGCAAAGCUUCCCUCGAAUCCCCUCUGUGGUCGUUCAUCUACAUGGGCUCGUUCAGCGCCCACUUCGGGGCCCAGAUCUGGAUGACGUUCAUUUCCGGCCUGUCUCUCUACUUCGCCCUGCCGCGGCACACCUUCGGCAACAUCCAGAAAGUGUUAUUUCCAAAAUAUUUCCUCCUCAAUUCUAUUUUGAGUUUAAUAACACUUUACGUUUUUCUCCGCGCCCACAACUACCAUCUCAAGUCGACGGAGAUUGCAGUGCAGGUGGGGGCCAUGACCUUGUGUUUUUUGAUCGAGUUACUGAUCCGUCUGUACCUCACGCCCCCCUUGCUGAAGCUCAUGACGAUGAAAAACCGCAUCGAAGCGCAGGCUGGGGUCGGCAUGGAAAUCGGGAAGCUGGUGCCGGGCAAUUUGCUCAACUGCCCGCACUACAUGGCCAUACACAAGGCCUUCAGGAGGGUGCACAUGACCAUCGCCAUUGGGAACCUCGUCACCAUGGCCUGCACCAUGCUCCACCUCUACUACCUGUCCCAGAAGCUAUGUGUAUUGUAAAUUAUUAUUUAUUGUAAUUUAUGCGAAUACGACAGCUUUAUUUAAAGCGCCUAGUGAUAGCCUAUUUAUUGUUUUUGUAUUUAUCCUUUUGUAAUAAAGAGUAAAAAAUUAA